CAAGCCAGAAUCGUGAAGAGUAGUGGUAGAUUUUACGGCUGAUUCAGAGGUGAGGGCGUUCUCGUGUCCGCAUUGUUGGACCGUCCGCGUCCUGUGGUUAUUCGUUCUCACCAUGACAGCCAUUCUCACCGCCUCCCCGCUUAUCGCGGGCAAGCUCGUCCGCACCUCCCUGCCCCAUCCUAGUGCAUUCAGCCAACAACGUCCCCCGCCCUUCCUCCUCGCCCCCCUUCACAUUGCCGUCCCGAGCCUUCUAUCCACCAGAAGCCGCUUUUCCCGCGCAGAAUUAUCUCUAUGGCAGCCCGUAGAAUGCAAGCGGGUAACCAGUCAACUUUCUCGCAGCUCGGAACGUGACAAUAUCGAAGCUGGUGCGUCGGCGGCAUUCUCGUCGCCUCUCCCCUCUGCUCAACCCGCCGUCUCCAUUCGUUCUCUCCCGGUAUCACUGCUUUCGCUCCUCCCGCUUAUCCUCGCCGAUCGGGCCCUAGCGGAGUCCGUCCCGCUGUUAGAAAACGGCGCCGAUGUGCUCACGGCCGCGGGGGGAGGCGACACUGUUACCAACGGCGUCAUUUCGGUGCUCUUCGUCGUCGCUGUCGUCGGACUGACCGUACUGACCGGCGGGGUGGGGUACCUGGCGUACACGGACUGGCAGGACAAGAGAGAGAUGGAGAAGCUGGCAGCAGCGGAGCCGGUGAAGCGGCCGGGGGCCACGUCGGAGAUCAGAGCAGCCAUGAAGUCGCCGCCCAGGGCUACGCCCAAGGGCUUUGGGAAGAAGUCAGAAAAGGAGAAAGAGGAGGAGAGUGAUGCGUGAGAUACCAUCGUCAGGUUAUAAUGGGUGUCUUCCUGUUCUUGUUGGGUAGCAGACUAGCAGGAAUAUCGCCUAUCUAUUAGGUUCGGGAUGCUUUAUGCAUGUAAAUGUGGGUGUGUGUGGAUUGGGAAACGUUUUUGUGUAGAAUCGUUGCAAUUGCU